UCCCUUCCUCCCCCUUGCGGAGCGUCCUGUCACUGGUGGAAAAUGGCUGCUCAGGGAAGCUCCCCAAAGCUGAGAGAAAACUGACCAAAAAGUGCUCUCGCCGAGCGGAGGCCACGUCCGGACUCUCUUCCAGCGGGCAGGACGACGCCUCGGGGAAGCCCCGACACGGACCAUGUCUCGCUGGGUGCCCACCAAGAAGGAGAAGUAUGGAGUCGCGAUCUAUAACUACGACGCCCGGGGAGAGGAGGAGCUGUCGCUGCAGAUCGGAGACACCGUGCACAUACUUGAGACCCACGAAGACUGGUACAGAGGUCACAGGUUGCGGAGGAAAUCCAAAAAGGGCAUUUUUCCUGCUUGCUACAUACACCUGAAAGAAGCCACAGUCGAGGGCAGCGGGCAAAAGGAGACGGUCAUUCCCACCGAGCUGCCUCUGGUUCAGGAGGUGACCACCACGCUGCGGGAGUGGGCCACGAUAUGGAGGGACUUAUAUGUGGGGGACAAGCGCGAGAUGUUCAACUGCGUCCGCGACAUGAUCUACGACCUGAUCGAGUGGCGCUCGCAGAUUCUGUCCGGCACGCUCCCGCAGGACGAGCUCACCGAGCUCAAGCAGAAAGUCACCUCCAAGAUAGACUACGGCAACAAGUACUUGGAUCUAGACCUGGUGGUCAGAGACAAAGACGGCAACAUCCUGGACCCGGAGCUCACCAGCACCAUCAGCCUGUUCCGAGCCCACGAAGCAGCCUCGAAGCAAAUCGAGGACCGCAUCCAGGAGGAGAAGUCGCAGAAGCAGAACAUCGAUCUGACCAGGCAAGCAAAGUUUGCCUCCACGCCGGCGUUCGCCCUCUUCGUGACGCUCAAAAAUGUGGUGUGUAAGAUCGGCGAGGAUGCGGAAGUGCUCAUGUCGCUGUACGACCCAGUGGAAUCCAAGUUCAUCAGUGAAAACUACCUGGUGAAAUGGUCAAGCUCGGGUCUGGUGAAAGACAUAGACCAGCUUCAUAAUCUGCGGGCCGUCUUCACGGACCUGGGCAGCGAAGAUCUGAAGAGAGAGAAGAUCAGCUUCGUGUGUCAGAUUGUCAGGGUGGGACGCAUGGAGCUGCGGGACAACAACACCAAGAAGCUGACGUCGGGGCUGAGACGACCGUUCGGAGUGGCGGUAAUGGAUGUCACCGACAUCAUAACGGGCAAAAUGGACGACGAAGACAAGCAGCACUUUAUCCCGUUCCAGCCGCUAGCGCUGGAUGAUGCCAUCCGCCACAAGCAGCUGAACAUCUCCCGUUUUUCACCCAGGGUGGCAGGAGAGAGCGACUUCCUCCAGACGGUCAUCAACAAAGUCAUCACCGCCAAAGAGGUCAAUCACAAGGGCCAAGGCCUGUGGGUGACACUGAAGCUGCUUCCUGGAGACAUCCAUCAGAUAAGGAAGGACUUCCCUCACCUGGUGGACCGAUCGACAGCGGUGGCUCGCAAGAUGGGAUUCCCCGAGAUCAUCAUGCCCGGUGAUGUUCGAAACGACAUCUACGUGACGCUGGUUCAGGGGGAUUUUGACAAGGGGAGCAAAACUACACCCAAAAACGUGGAGGUGACCAUGUCGGUCUACGACGAGGACGGCAAGAAGCUGGAGAAUGUGAUUUUCCCCGGGGCUGGAGAUGAUGGGAUUAAUGAGUACAAAUCCGUCAUCUACUACCAAGUGAAGCAGCCGCGCUGGUUCGAAACAAUAAAGGUCGCGAUUCCCAUCGAAGACGUGAACCGAAGCCACUUGCGGUUCACUUUCCGUCAUCGCUCAUCGCAGGACUCCAAAGAUAAAUCAGAAAAGAUAUUUGCCCUGUCUUUUGUGAAGCUGAUGAGGUACGAUGGGACGACUCUGAGGGACGGCGAGCACGAUCUCAUCGUCUACAAGGCUGAGGCCAAGAAGCUGGAGGACUCGUCGCUGUACCUGAACCUCCCCUCCACCAAGCUGGAGCUGGAGGAGAAGGGCUACUCCACCACGGGGAAAAGCACCCAGAACCUCGGGACCUGCACCAUCAGCAAGGACUCCUUCCAGAUCUCCACCCUGGUCUGCUCCACCAAGCUCACGCAGAACGUCGACCUGCUGGGCCUGCUGAAGUGGCGCUCCAACACCAGCCUCCUGCAGCAGAACCUCCGGCAGCUGAUGAAGGUGGAAGGUGGCGAGGUCGUGAAGUUCCUGCAAGACACUCUGGAUGCUCUUUUCAACAUCAUGAUGGAAAACUCUGACAGUGACACGUUUGACACUCUGGUGUUUGAUGCCUUGGUGUUCAUAAUUGGACUCAUAGCGGACAGGAAGUUCCAGCACUUUAACCCUGUGCUGGAGACCUACAUUCGGAAGCAUUUCAGUGCGACGCUGGCAUACACGAAGCUGACCAAAGUUCUGAAGAACUACGUGGACAACGCCGAGAAGCUGACCGAGCAGCUGCUGAAGGCCAUGAAGGCUCUGGAGUACAUCUUCAAAUUCAUCGUCCGCUCCAGGGUCCUCUUCAACCAGCUCUACGAGAACAAAGGAGAGGCCGACUUCAUGGAGUCCUUGAGGAACCUUUUCACAUCCUUUAAUGACAUGAUGAACAGUAAUUCAGAGAACACUGGCAUGGUGAAGCUGCUCCUCAAGGGCGCUGCUCUGAAGUACAUUCCCACCAUUGUGAACGACGUCAAGCUGGUCUUUGAUCCAAAGGAACUCAGCAAGCUGUUCACAGAGUUCAUCCUGAAGGUCCCUCCGGGUCGCCUGGUGAAGCAGAAGCUGGACUGUCUGAUCGACAUCGUCCACAGCGAUCUCUUCACCCAUCACGACUGCCGCGAGAUCCUCCUGCCGCUGAUGACGGAGCAGCUGAAGUUCCACCUGGAGAAGCGCGAGGAGCCGAAGGCCUGCUGCCAGCUGCUCAGCGACAUCCUGGAGGUGCUCUACAGGAAGGACGUGGGUCCCACUCAGUGGCAUGUGCAGAUCAUCAUGGAGAAGCUGCUGAGGACUGUGAACAGGACCGUCAUCUCCAUGGGCCGGGAUUCUCCCCACAUUGGGAGCUUUGUGGCCAGCAUGACUGCCACGCUGCGGCAGAUGGACGACUAUCAUUACGCUCAUCUGAUCAGCACCUUUGGCAAGAUAAGGAGCGAUGUGGUGGAUUUCCUGAUGGAAACAUUUAUCAUGUUUAAAGAUCUCAUUGGAAAGAACGUCUACCCCUCAGACUGGAUCAUAAUGAACAUGAUGCAGAAUAAAGUCUUCCUGCGGGCCAUUAAUCAGUACGCAGCCGUGUUGAACAAGAAAUUCCUGGAUCAAACCAACUUUGAGCUCCAGCUGUGGAACAACUACUUUCACCUGGCCGUGGCCUUCCUCACCCAGGAGUCGCUGCAGCUGGAGAACUUCUCAAGUGAUAAAAGAGCGAAGAUCUUCCACAAGUACCAGGACAUGAGGAGACAGAUCGGCUUUGAAAUCAGGGACAUGUGGUACAAUCUAGGACCCCACAAGAUUAAAUUCAUCCCGGAGAUGGUGGGUCCCAUCCUGGAGAUGACGCUGGUUCCGGAGAUUGAACUGCGAAAGGCCACCAUCCCCAUCUUCUUCGACAUGAUGCAGUGCGAGUUCCACUUCACGUGCAGCUUCCAGCGGUUCGAGAACGAGAUCAUCACCAAGCUGGAUCACGAGGUGGAGGGGGGCCGCGGAGACGAGCAGUACAAAGUUCUCUUCCAGAAAAUCCUGCUGGAGCACUGCAGGAAGCACAAGUACUUGGCGCGGAACGGCGAGACGUUCGUCACCCUGGUGGUGCGUCUGCUGGAGCGGCUGCUGGACUACAGGACCAUCAUGCACGACGAGAACAAGGAGAACCGCAUGAGCUGCACCGUCAACGUGCUCAAUUUCUACAAGGAGAUAGACAGAGAGGAAAUGUACAUCAGGUACCUGUACAAGCUGUGUGACCUCCAUAAAGAGUGCGACAACUACACCGAGGCGGCCUACACUCUGCUGCUCCACGCCAAGCUCCUCAAGUGGUCCGACGAGCCCUGCGCUGCCCACCUGACACAGAGGGACGGGUACCAGGCCUCCACUCAAGGGCAGCUUAAAGACCAGCUCUACCAGCAGAUUAUUAAUUACUUCGACAAGGGCAAGAUGUGGGAGGAGGCAAUCAUUUUGGGAAAAGAACUGGCUGAGCAGUACGAGAACGAAAUGUUUGACUUUGAACAGCUCAGCGCAUCCUUGCGGAAGCAGGCCCAGUUCUAUGAGAACAUAGUGAAGGUGAUCCGGCCCAAACCCGACUAUUUUGCUGUCGGCUAUUACGGCACAGGCUUCCCUUCCUUCCUACGAAACAAGAUGUUCAUCUACCGUGGGAAGGAGUAUGAGCGCCGAGAGGACUUCGAGGCCCGUCUUCUAACUCAGUUUCCCAACGCGGAAAAGAUGAAGACGACCACUCCGCCCAGCGAGGACACCAAGUCUUCCUCUGGACAGUACAUCCAGUGUUUCACAGUGAAGCCCAUCCUGGACCUGCCUGCCAAGUUUCAGAACAAGCCUGUGUCCGAGCAGAUCGUCAGCUUCUACACCGUAAAUGAAGUCCAUAAAUUCCAGUAUUCCAGGCCGGUGAGGAAGGGGGAGAAGGAUCCGGACAACGAGUUUGCGAACAUGUGGAUCGAGCGGACCACUUACACGACGGCGUACAAACUUCCUGGCAUCCUGCGCUGGUUUGAAGUCAAGUCGGUGUCCACAGAGGAGAUCAGCCCGCUGGAGAACGCCAUGGAAACCAUGCAGCUCACCAACGAGAAGAUCAGCAGCAUGGUGCAGCGGCAUCUCAGCGAUCCCAACCUCCCCAUCAAUCCCCUCUCCAUGCUGCUGAACGGCAUCGUGGACCCGGCCGUCAUGGGAGGCUUCACCAACUACGAAAAGGCCUUCUUCAAUGAGAAGUACAUGCUGGAGCACCCCGAGGACCUUGAGAAGAUAGAAAAACUGAAGGAUCUUAUCGCCUGGCAGAUCCCACACCUGGCCGAGGGGGUCCGGAUCCACGGGGAGAAGGUGACGGAGGCGCUGAGGCCUUUCCACGACCGCCUGGAGGCCUGCUUCAAACAGCUGCGGGAGAAGGUGGAGAAGCAGUACGGGGUCAAAACUCUGCCGGCGGCAGACGAGCGGCGGGGGCCCCGUCCCCCCUCCAUGGUGCGCUCCUUCACCAUGCCCUCCUCCCAGAGGCCGCUGUCGGUGGCCUCGGUCACCUCCAUCUCCUCAGACAACUCGCCCUCCAGGCCCGGCUCUGACGGAUUCGCUCUGGAGCCGCUCCUCCCAAAGAAGCUCCACACCAAGUCCCAGGACAAGCUGGACCGGGACGAGCCGGAGAGGGAGCGCAAGGAGAAGAAGAAGGAGAAGAGGAACAGCAAGCACCAGGAGAUCUUCGACAAGGAGAUGAAGACCACGGAGAUCCCCCUGCAGCCGGCCGAAGCCGUCAUCCUCUCAGAGACGAUCAGCCCUCUGCGGCCUCAGAGGCCAAGGAGUCAAGUCCUGAACCAGAUCGGCGGAGACCGGCGCCUGUCCGUGUCUCCGGGACCGCCUCCGCCUCCCUCCAACUCCUCGUCCUCCCCGGGACCGCCGCCGAUCACGCCCAGGAGCAAGCUCUCCUUCAGCCUGCACACAGCUUCCAGUCUGGAGCUGAACGGGAUGGGCGAGACCCCUCCCCCGCUGCCGGUGAAAGGCAGCACGGCUGAUUACGGCAACCUGCUCGAUAAUCAAGACCUGACGAGUCCCUCAACGCCGCCGCCGCCCCCGCCGCAUCAAAGACACAUUCCACCUCCUCUCCCCAGCAAGACCCCUCCUCCACCUCCUCCAAAGACCACCAGGAAGCAGGCCUCCAUCGAUUCAGGAAUUGUACAGUAAACAAAAGAAGCUGACAGUGGGACCAAAAACCAGACACUGACAACACAACAAAAACAGCAUCAGCAGUAACCGUUCCCCCAGAAAAGUGCUUGUUUUUUAAAUUUCUUUCUUUUUUCUUUUCUUUUUUUUUUUUUUUUUUUUUUACCCACACAUUCCUCGCUCCCUGUCCCAGCUUGACAAGAUGAAUACCUCACCAGCAGCCCGCCCCCUCUUCCCAGCCUCCCCCCCCCCCCACCUUUUUUCUUCUCCUCCGUUCGGUUUGACGGCGAUGCAGCUCAGACGGGGACUCGGCGAAUUUGUAGAAGUCGUCUCUCCACUCGACGCCACUUCAGGAUUUUAUCCCGACGCGAGACAGACGAAAGCUGCCUUCUUUCUGAAGUAUUUCACAACAACAAAAAAAAAGCUAAUUAAGGCGUGAUUUCUGUCUCUUUUAUCAUAUCCCCACUAUGUACAGAGGCUUGUAUAUAUGAUGUUAUUUUAUUUCAGGUUUUUUUUUUUUGUAUGUGAUGAGACCAUGACUUCUUUUGUAUUAACGUAUCAUUAGAUUACGCGGCAUUUAUACAAAGCAAAAGAGAGAAAAUAAAAAAAAGGGCUUGUUGGUUUUUGAAUUGACAGGGACUUCACAGAGUCGGUGUUUGAGAACCCGUCAUGAAUUUUCCGGGUAAAGCUUCUGGAGUGCUCCCGACGACUAACUUCCCACCACAUCGUCAUCGUUCCCGCCUCGUCCUAAGAUUUGCUGUAACCUUGGAUUUCAAUGAUAUUUACUGUUCUCAAUUCACUACUGACAUGACUUCUGAAUAAACUAUGUAUUUUUAAAAUA